AUGGGAGAACAAAACCUAGAGGCUAUCGUCGAACGGAUCAUAGUGCGAAACAUAGUAAGUCCUUACCUCCAGCGACCGACGUACUCUUCGCCUCUACCAGAUUUUGUCUUACAGACAAAAUUGGCAAGGGGAUGGAAAGUCCCUAAAUUUACUAAGUUCGCUGGGGUUACUGAAGAAUCCAUCGUCGAGCACGUGGCCAGGUACCAGACCGAGGAUGGAGACAAAGCGAACAAUGAGGAUUUGAAGUUAAAAUACUUCCCAAGUUCUCAGACAAAAAACGUGUUUACAUGGUUCAUGACGCUACCUCCACAGUCGAUCCAAACAUGGACAAAGUCUGAGAGUAUGUUCCAUGAACAAUUCUACAUGGGACAAUCAAAGAUCAGCCUCAAAGAACUAGCUAGCGUUAAGCGAAAGGUUAUUGAAUCGAUUGACCAAUAUCUGAACAGGUUUAGACUGCUGAAAGAACGAUGCUUUACUCAAGUCCCUGAACACGAACUAGUCGAUAUGGUGGCUAGGGGUCUAGAUUAUUCUAUAAGGAAAAAGCUGGAUACUCAGUAUCUUAGAGAUAUGGCCCAAUUGGCCAAUAGGGUUCGACGUAUCGAAUGCCUGAAAGUUGAGAAGUCUAAGGCGGGUCGAUAUCAUAAGAAAGAGAAAGUGUCCUACAUCGCAGUUGAGAGAGUUUCUUCCGACGAUGAAGAUAUAGUCGACAUGAGUGAGGUUAAUGUGGUAGAACUUAAGCCCAUACCUCCGUAUGCGUGUAAGGUUUUGAAGUCGUCAAAUGGAAAAAACCCUGUCGAACCAGAAAGAACAGACAAAUAUGUAGAUAAGACCUAUACUUUCGACGCGUCUAAGUGCGACGAAAUCUUUGAUAUAUUAGUAAGAGAUGGAAGAUUAUCGUCCUUCAGGGUUUAA